GUGAAAGGUAGGAUGGUGGCGGGAGAGCUGAGCAUGUAUAGCCCAAUCCUGGCCUGCUGGCAGCCGAUUCUCAUCUUGAUGCUGGGCUCCAUCCUCUCAGGCUCCGCGACGGGCUGCCCGCCCCGCUGUGACUGUUCCGCCCAGGAGCGCUCCGUGCUCUGCCACCGGAAGCGGUUCAUGACGGUCCCGGAGGGCAUCCCCACGGAGACCAAGCUCCUGGACCUGGGCAAGAACCGCAUCAAGACUCUCAACCAGGAUGAGUUUGCCAAUUUUCCUCAUUUGGAGGAACUGGAGUUAAACGAGAACAUUAUCAGUACCAUUGAGCCAGGGGCUUUCAACAACCUCUUCAACCUCAGGACUCUAGGCCUCAGGAGCAACCGGCUCAAGCUCAUCCCCCUCGGGGUGUUUACUGGACUCAGCAACCUUACCAGGUUGGACCUUAGUGAGAACAAAAUUGUGAUUCUCCUGGAUUACAUGUUCCAGGACUUGUACAACCUCAAGUCUUUGGAGGUUGGGGACAACGACUUGGUCUUUAUCUCCCACCGGGCCUUUAGUGGCCUCAACAGCUUAGAGCAGCUGACGCUGGAGAAAUGCAAUCUGACCACGAUCCCCACGGAUGCUCUCUCUCACUUGCAUGGCUUGAUUGUGCUGCAGCUGCGCCACCUGAACAUCAAUGCCAUCAAGGAUUACUCAUUUAAGAGGCUCUACAGACUCAAGACCCUUGAGAUUUCCCACUGGCCCUAUCUAGACACCAUGAUGCCCAACUGCCUGUAUGGGCUCAACUUGACCUCCUUGUCCAUCACCCACUGCAACCUGACUUCCAUCCCUUAUGUCUCCUUGAGGCACUUGGUUUAUCUCAGGUUCCUGAACCUUUCCUACAACCCCAUUGCCACCAUCGAAGGAUCCAUGCUUCACGACCUGCUCAGGCUUCAGGAGAUUCAGUUGGUCGGUGGCCAGCUCACAGUGGUGGAACCCUACGCCUUCCGGGGCCUGAACUACUUGCGUAUCCUGAACGUUUCGGGGAACCUCCUGAACACCUUGGAAGAAUCAGCCUUCCACUCCGUGGGAAACCUGGAGACGCUCAUCAUCGACAACAACCCUUUGGCCUGCGACUGCCGCCUCCUUUGGAUUUUCCGUCGUCGCUGGAGACUCAACUUUAACAAGCGGCAGCCCACCUGCGCCACCCCUGAAUUUGUCCAAGGGAAAGAGUUCAAGGAUUUCUCCGAGGCGCUUCUUCCCAACUACUUCAUCUGCCACAGAUCCCGGAUCCAGAACCGCAAGCCCCAGCAGAUCUUCGUGGAUGAGGGCCACACCGUGCAGUUUGUCUGCCGUGCAGAUGGAGACCCGCCCCCCACCAUCAUGUGGCUCUCCCCAAGGAAGCACCUCAUCUCCACCAAGACCAACGGGCGGCUCACCGUCUUCCCUGAUGGCACGCUGGAGGUCCGCUACGCCCAGAUCCAGGACAAUGGCACCUACCUAUGCAUCGCCAGUAACGCCGGCGGCAACGACACCAUGCUGGUGCACCUGCACGUCCGCAGCUACUCCCCCGACUGGCCGCACCAGCCCAACAAGACCUUUGCGUUCAUCUCCAACCAGCCCAACGAGAGCGACGCCAACAGCACGCGUGCCACCGUGCCUUUCCCCUUCGACAUCAAGACCCUCAUCAUCGCCACCACCAUGGGCUUCAUCUCCUUCCUGGGCGUCGUGCUCUUCUGCCUCGUGCUCCUCUUUCUUUGGAGUCGGGGCAAGGGCAACACCAAGCACAACAUCGAGAUCGAGUACGUCCCACGCAAGUCCGACGCGGGCAUCAGCUCAGCUGCCGACGCACCGCGCAAGUUCAACAUGAAAAUGAUCUGA